UUUACUCGUUUUCCGAUGGGGUUAAAAUUAUGUUGUGCUUUUCUUACCUACCACCACAUGAACAAAGUGGGUAGUAAUAUACCUGAUAUUUUAUCUUCGCUGGGUUCCGAUGAGUAAACAACAAAGUUUCGCACAUCAGAUAUUGAGAAGAAAUAAUGAGAAUUUUCGCGUGAAUUGUGAUUUUUAUUCAUGUAUCUCAGCCUCACUUAACUUAUAAUGGCAAACAACAGUCCUGUGCUGACUGUGGGUGUUCCGAGCGCUGGUAAGACAAAACUUUUCCAACAGCAGCUACAACAGGCGAUCUCAAGUGACAUCCUGGAUGAUUUGGCCAGCAAAUUCAUCAUCAAUGUUCCAGUGAAGGAACGCGAAAAUCUCAUCCGUAUCUGUUUCCAAAUAGAAUUGGCACACUGGUUUUAUUUGGACUUUUAUUGUGUGAAUCAGAAACCAAAAUGUGGCAUGAAACAGUUCACGUUUCAGGUGUUCCAGCAUAUUCCCUUUCUCCAGCCUCACUUGGCGGUUGUUGAUAAAAUCCUAGAAGACUGGAAACAGUACAAACUGUCGGUUCCGACGUACGGAGCGAUUUUAAUAUCGGAAGAUAUGAAAUACGUAUUGCUGGUUCAAUCAUUUUGGGCGAAAUCAUCGUGGGGAUUCCCUAAGGGAAAAAUCAAUGAAAACGAGGAGCCACUUCACUGCGCUAUCCGUGAGGUCUACGAGGAGACUGGCUAUGACAUUAAAAAUCUCAUUAUGCCCGAUGAAUACAUCGAAUUGGUCAUCAAUUAUCAGUACACGAGGCUUUAUUUGGUUUGCGGAGUUCCGCUAUCGACGUUGUUCAUUCCACGAACAAGAAACGAAAUCAAAUGCUGUGAGUGGUUUCCCAUCGAUCUACUUCCUGUGACUAAGAAUGCAAAUUUUAUUAAGGGCACCCAAAGUUUGAAUGGAAACUCGUUUUUUAUGAUAUUCCCAUUUCUGAAGCCACUGAAGAAAAAGUUGGAAAAAUUUCAGAAGAACAAAAACAGAACCGGACAUAAUAAUUCUCCAGUUUUUGGAUCGGUCGGUAAAUCAAACAAAUUUGAGGAUUUUAAAGUGACAAAUUCGGCAGGAAAUGUUGGAAUGGAUAAUCGCCAGCGACAGAGGCACAAAUCGAUGGGAGAAAUAGAACAGCAGCGGUCCAAGUCGAGUGGAGGACAAUAUUAUAACGUCGCCAAUCAGCAGCCGAUUAAACACAUCCACAAUGCUAAGGAAACCGUUGCCGGAAAGGGAGGAGAAAUGCAAGUAAGCAAUGCGGCAUCGAAUAAAAAAUCUCACAAGAAGCAAAUUAACCAUGACCAUGGAACAUUCGGAACAAGUGCUGGAACCAGUAAUUCAGGGGGAGGAAAGAUGCCAAUAAAGAAAAAGUUAUUUGAGGUUGCGGUUGACACUGAACAACGGUUGCCAGCGAGUAACUCUAGCGACGACCAUUUAGCUAUGUUUAAUGAAAACAAGGCGUGGAGGGGUUUCAGACUUGACUACAGUAAAUUUUUUUAAUAUAAGUGUUUCAAUUGAUUUUUCAUUGUUCGUAAGGUUUUUUUUGUAUGUACAUGAUAACCAGAUAACAUGAAAUUCUGAAUCGUAGAAUAAAUUUAUAUUCCCAUAUA